UUCAAAUUUAAAGUCAAAAAGUAAAAAGUAAAUAAACAGACUGAUCUAAUUUAUUUAUUUUGAAAUGAAUUUCACAAAAAGAGAGAUUUUAUUGAAAAUAAGACACUUUGAUCUGGCAGAUGAGCCUGAAACAAUAGAAAGGACUCUGACAAUCUAUCCCGAUAUGGACUACAAACUAAUUAAUAGUGAACUUUACAAGAUAUGCGAAGCAUCACCUGAGAAACAAGUAUUGAAAAUUCGCAACAACGACAACUUUCUCAUCCCAAUAUCAUUUUUGUUAGAAAAUGAGGAUCCCUAUUAUAAUAUUGAUGUCGCAACAAUAUCUUGUUUUGCUAAAACCAACAACAUCUUACUGCAAGACGCCUAUGUCGACUCAGUAUGCAACAAGGUAAAAUCUCUGGAAUCCAGAGUAGCUCAAGCUGAGCUUCUGCUGCCCCAAUUAGAAUGGAGGCGGCAGUCUUACAUGGAAGAGACAGUUUCCGGACUAUUGAAUAAAGUCCAGUUUUUGAAUAGGAGAUUUGACGAGCUGUAUCCAAAGUAUAAAGCAAGGUCUUUGGCUCAAGAUUUAUCACCAUGAGUUAAUCAAUUUUUGUUGUUGUGCAGCUAAAUCUUCCAAACUAUUUGUAAUGACUUGAAAAUAUUUAUUUGCGUUAAUAAUAAUUUAAGUACAUAUUUGUUAAUUUAUAUUAAAUUUUGUAUAUUUUAUAUUAUUAUUUUUAGUUUAGGAAUCUAUGGAAUUUUAUUAUAGGUAUGUGUGAUUUGUGAUUGUUCAGCUGUAUUCGUAUUUGUUGUUUUUCA